AUGGAUAAUAAUCGUGAUAGGAGUUUGGAGGACUUAGGAUUUCGUUCUUUUUCGGAUAGGAUGCAUGAGGAUGUAUUCAUCACUUCUAAGGGUUCGGUUAAUGUCCAGGAUCUGCGUCAAACUUCUUCUUUGCAAAACAAGCCUGUACGGAUUGAUGGGAAUCCGUUGAUUCCUCGUCGAGGUGUUGUGUCGAAAGAUCCUAAGGUCAUCAAUGUUAUUGAUGAGUUGGAGAAAAUUACGGUCCCAGUUCAGCCGCCUUCGAGCGGCUCUAACAGUCAAGAUUAUCAGCACGGGAUGUCGUCAGAGGGUCCGGAUAGUGUGUGGGGAUAUGGAGGUGGGCAAACGGCUGCUAAUGUAGAUGCCCAUGCAAACCCUAGUUUGAAUAAUGUGGUGAAGGACAAGGCCGGAUUUUCGUAUGCGGACAAGGUUAAAACGAUGAGCUCGUUGAAAAGAGAAGUCAAUUUCAGAAAACUGGAUGCUACGGAGACGGUUCAGGAUGCGGAUGUGCUUAUUCCUCGUGAGGUAAUUCAGAAGGUUCAGGAUAAAUUUGAGAAUGUGUUGUAUGGAUACUUUUUGGGCAAUAGGCUUCCUUUUCCUGUUGUGGAAUACUAUGCUAAAAAUGUAUGGGCUAAACAUGGAUUUGCUAAGAUUAUGAUGAACUCGAAAGGGUUCUUCUUUUUUAAGUUUGAUUCUAAGGAGGGGAUGAUGAAAGUGCUCGAAGGAGGGCCAUGGUUAAUUAGAAAGGUUCCUCUUUACUUGAAUGUUUGGUCGCCUUCGGUCAACCUCAAGAAGGAGUGUAUCAAAUCGGUUCCGGUUUGGGUUAAAUUUCAUAAUGUCCCUAUUGCUAUCUACACGGAUGAUGGGCUGAGUUUAUUAGCUUCUAAGUUGGGUACUCUGAAGAGGUUAGAUGGCUAUACGGCUGAUAUGUGUGUGGAUAACUGGGGGAGGAGUAGUUUUGCACGUGCCUUGAUUGAGAUUAAUGCGGAUAAUGAUUUAAAAGAUUUUAUAACGGUUGCCAUUCCUAAGCUUGAGGAGGAUGGCUAUAUUACCGAAAAGGUGAAAAUAGAGUAUGAAUGGAAGCCUCAGCGCUGCUCGGUAUGCUGUGUAUUUGGCCAUAAUGACCAAACAUGCCCUAAGAAUAUCAUUACUAAAGCUAAACAAGUGGUUAUAGAUGACGAGGGUUUCAUAACGGAUACGAGGAAACAAGCUAGAAUUGGGGUUUUGCAAAAGAAACAGAAGGCUAAGUUUGUGUAUAGGCCGAAGGGUGGGAACUCGGGUGCGAGCUCCUCGGGUACGAAACAUGAUAAACCGGUUUCCAAUGUGAAUGCCAAUGUGGCAACCAUAAACUCUUUUGAAGCGUUAUCUAAGUCUGAUGGGGAUGUGGUUAUUCCUCUUGCUAAUGUGGAAAAUAUGGGUCCAAAGCCGGAUGUUAGGAAUAAACCAAAUGGUAAUCGUGAGGAAGAGGUUGUUGAGGUUGUGCCUACGGAAAUGUCUAAACUCAUGAGUGGUACUUCGGGCGGAAACAAUUCUGAGGGGGCAAGCACUCCCGGUUUCACAGAGUCUCAUAUCCAUGUGAAUAAGUUAUCCGGUAUUUGUAGCAAUGUCUUUAGGAGUUGGAGUUGGACGUCUAAUGGAGGGUUAUGUUCCAGAGGUACCAGAAUUAUUCUUGGAUGGAAUACAGAUGUCGUGGAUAUUAUGGUGAUUUCACAAUCGGACCAGGUGAUGCAUACUCAAAUCCAUAUCAAAGCUGAUAAUAGAGUGUUUCUCUGCUCUUUCGUUUAUGCUGAAAACAAGGCCCUUGAUCGUCGAAUUCUAUGGGAGGAUUUAUGCAAUUUUAAUGCCUUGGCUCGUGAUAAACCGUGGUUAGUUCUUGGAGAUUUUAAUGUGGCUCUUAAUAUGGAAGAUUGUUUGUCUGGCCCGUCCCAUCAUACUUCCGGCAUGAGGGAGUUCUUUGAUUGUGUUAAGAUGACUGAGCUUCUAGACAUUCCGAGCCAUGGCAUCCACUUUACGUGGAAUCAAAAGCCUAGAGAGGGGAUUGGAGUCAUGAAGAAGUUAGACCGUGUUAUGAGUAACCUGAAGUUCAUGGAACUUUUUUCGUAUGGUCAUGCUCUUUUUAAAUCGCCACGGUUAUCAGACCACUCUCCUUGUAUUGUGAAGUUUUCAUCGACGGCACGGGUUAAACCUAAACCUUUCAAAUUUCCUAACUUCAUUGUCACUAAAGAGGAGUUUAGGCAGGCUGUUUCGGGUGAAUGGGCUAAGGAGGUUCAAGGUCACUCUAUGUUCGCUGUUGUGAAGAAAAUGAGAAACUUGAAACCUAUCUUUCGCAAAAUCCUCUUUCGGCAAGGGAACUUGCAUGAGAGGGUUGCUAGUUUACGGCUUAAACUUGAUCAUAUUCAGCAACAAGUGGACGCUAAUCCGUUGGAUUUGGUGCUUCGUGACGACCAUGCCAAAUGCAUUCGGGAUUUUCAAACGGCGGCGUAUGACGAGGAGUGCUUCCUUAAACAGAAAGCCAAGGUAGAAUGGCUAUGUGCAGGGGAUACAAACACAGCUUUUUUUCAUAAGUGUGUAAAAAGUCGUCAUGCUCGAAACAAAAUUUUUAGUAUUAUGGAUGUUCAGGGGAAUCGGUAUGAGGGAGAUCAAGUUCCAACAGCCUUUCCUAAUCAUUAUACUAAUUUUUUAGGCAGGGAGGAUCGGGUUGAUACAUUUGAUAUUGGGGAGUUUUUUGUUAACACUCUAUCCGAUUUUUCAGCUAAUCAUAUGGUUCGAUCGGUGACAAGGGAUGAAGUCAAAAAAGCUAUGUUCGGUAUUGGUGAAAACAAAGCCCCAGGUCCGGAUGGGUACACUUCGGCAUUCUUUAAACAGUCUUGGGAUGUGGUGGGUGAUCAAGUUAGGAAUGCGGUGCUGGAUUUUUUUGAGAAUGGCCAAAUGUUAAAGCAAAUCAAUCACACUAUGAUAGCUUUAGUGCCUAAAAAGGAUUCUCCUAACUCGGUGCAAGAUUACCGACCGAUUUCCUGCUGUAAUGUCCUCUUUAAAUGCAUAAGUAAGAUUAUAACGGAUAGAAUUAAAGGAAGCUUGGAUGGAUUAGUCAGCAUCAAUCAAUCGGCUUUUGUUCCGGGUCGUAAAAUUACUGACAAUAUUCUUCUGACGCAGGAAUUAAUGCAUAACUACCAUAUUGAUAGAGGUCCGUCGCGAUGUGCCUUGAAGAUUGAUAUCCAGAAGGCCUAUGAUACUGUCAAUUGGUCCUUUCUUGAAGCAGUUUUGUUGGGUUUCGGGUUCCAUAGUACAAUGGUCAGGUGGAUUAUGAAUUGUGUUUCUACAGUUUCUUAUUCUCUGAGCAUUAACGGGGAGCUACAUGGGUAUUUUUGUGGUAAGAGGGGUCUUAGACAGGGCGAUCCUCUAUCUCCAUACUUAUUUACUUUAGUAAUGGAAGUCCUCUCUCUCCUCCUCCAGCGAGCCUCGAAGGUCGAUUCAGGUUUUCGUUUCCAUGCGCAUUGUGCGAAGCAAAAGAUUAUCAAUGUGUCUUUUGCCGAUGAUUUGUUCAUCUUUGCCCAUGCGGAUUGUGUCUCGGUUAAGUUGAUAAGGGACGCUCUUCAGAAAUUCACAAGGAUAUCGGGUUUGGUUCCAAGUGCUCCUAAAAGUACUAUAUUCUUUUGCAAUGUUCAGCCCUAUGUUAAGGAUCAGAUCUUGGGUCUAAUGCCGUUCCAGGAGGGCUCUCUUCCCGUGCGUUAUCUUGGAGUGCCUCUUAUUUCUUCAAGGCUUGCGUAUAGUGAUUGUAAAAUUCUGGUGGAAAGAGUUCAAAGAAGGACUGACAAUUGGUUAUCUAAGUCCUUGUCUUUUGCGGGGAGGCUCCAAUUGAUCAAUUCGGUCAUCGCUGCCAUGUAUUCGUACUGGGCCUCAGUGUUUAUGCUUCCGGUCAGAAUUGUGAAGGAUCUUGAAAAAUGUAUGCGUCGUUUUCUAUGGAAUGGUGGGGUUCAAGGUUCCAGUCGUUCUAAAGUGGCCUGGAAGGAUGUUUGCUUGCCUAAGAUCGAAGGUGGUUUGGGCAUUCGGAGUGUUGUGGAUGUUAAUAAAGCGCUGAUAUCUUCCCAUGCAUGGAGUAUCAUAAAUAAUCGGCGCUCGUUGUGGGUUUCAUGGAUUCAUACCUACAAGCUUAACGGUAUUAGUUUUUGGGAGGUUAAAUGCUCGUCUAAUCCGAGUUGGGGUUGGAGAAAGAUUCUCGCGCUUAGAAAUCAGAUUCGGCCUUAUGUUUGGAAAACUAUUCAAAGCGGUCAUCAGACUAAUGCUUGGAGCGAUAACUGGUGUUCUUGCAGCCCAAUCCGUGACUUUAUUUCUCCUAGGCGUAUUCAUAAUGCAGGUUUCAACUUAAACACGACAGUUGCGGAUCUAAUUGAUUCUAAUGGUCAAUGGAAAUGGCCAGUGGCUUGGUAUGAUUUAUUUCCGGUCUUAUUAAAUAUUUCCGCUCCAACUCUAGUGGAGGAUGUGGCUGAUCGUUCUCGUUGGAAGGAUUAUGAGGGUAAGUUACAGCAUUUUCACUCUUUUGAAGCUUGGAACUCUUUUCGGAUGAGGAGAGAUAAAGUUACUUGGGUUGAUGCGGUUUGGUUUAGCCAGUGUAUUCCUAGGCACUCUUUUCACGUUUGGCUAGUUAUUAACAACAAACUAAAGACUCAAGACAGGAUGUCUAUUUGGGAAGCGAGUAGUGCCACUAAUCUCAUCCUCAUGUGUUGUCCUCUGUGUUUUUAUGAUCGUGAUUCUAGGGACCAUCUGUUCUUUCAGUGUCCUUAUGCCUCUCAGGUGUGGAAGACAGUUAGAGAAUGGGUGGAUAUGGGGAAUGUCAAUAACACAUGGAGUUCUGUUUUGGAUUGGAUUGAGAACAAUGCUAGCUCGAAGCAACUGAACAAGAUUGUUUGCAAGAUUCUCUUGGGGGCGACUACCUAUUUCAUUUGGCAAGAAAGAAACAAUCGGUUAUUCUCGAACCUUCAACGAUCCCCGGCUAUAAUUUCUCAAGUUAUUUUUAACACUGUUCGGCUGAAGAUAAUGGGAUUCAGGUUUGCAAGUCACCCGGACCACUUGAAGAUCCGUGACCGAUGGCAGAUCAAGAAGGAGGAUACGAUUUUGGAUCCAGGCUAG